UUUUAUACCUUCUCGUUCAUUGUUUCGCAUAAAAGAGAGAAUCCAUGGAAGCAGUACCCAUGGAAUCAGAUUCCAUGGAGACUAACAUCGAAACCCUACCGCAUUCCAUCGAUCCGAAACUCGAUUCUCGUACCUCGUUUUCGCUCACGCGCCAUUUGACUGCUCACAGGACCACCACUUCCACCGGUGGGGCGAGAAUCUCCGCCGUCCAGAUUAAUUCAUCGAGGAGCGUCGAAAAAGGGGCGGAGGAAUCUGAUGGGGAGUCUUUUAGUGAGUUGAGUGUAGUGGAGGAGUCUCAGUGUGUAGAAAAUGGUGGGGUUUUAGUAGGUGAGAGAGAAGAUUGUGUUUUGAGAAACUGCGAUAUGGAUUUUUGUUUUGUGAAAGUGAAGGAAGAAUGCGAUGUCGAUUUCGUUAAAGGUGAGGUUUUUGGAGAAGAAAAUAAUGUUUUAAUGGGGAUGUUGAAGAAUGUUGUUAAAGAAGAAAUGGAGGAAUCCGAGGGGACAUUGUUCGAUUUGUUGAGUGUGGUGGAAGAGUCUAUGAGUGUGGAAAACGGUGAGGUUGCUGGAGUUUUAGUAGGUGAGAGAGAAAAUCGUGUUGUUCAGAAUGAGAUUGUGAAAGUGAAAGAAGAGUGUGAAGUGUUUGGAGAAGGGGUGGAGGAAUCCAAAGUGAAAUCCUUUGAUGCGUUGAGUGUAGUCGAAGAGUCCACGAUUGGAUCGAUGGAGAUUGUGAAAGUGAAAGAAGAAUGUGACGUUGAUUUUUCGAGAGGUGAGGUUUUCGGAGAAGAAAAGAAAGUUUUACGUCCCGAAAAAAAAUUGGAGGAAAAUAGUGAUCUGAGUUACGAAGAGUGGCUUAAGUUAAAUCAUCCCGAAAAGUUAGAACCGAAAAAAGAGGCUAACGUGAGGGAGGUUAUAUCGGCUCAGCCACCGAGUGCAAGAAAAUUGACGGUCGAUGCACAUAGAGGGUUCGGAAAAGGAGACAAUUACGACGAGGAAGAAGUACGAGAGUUGGUAUGCGUGAAGCCGCUUCGUGCGGUAAAAUUGGCCGUCGAUCCACACAGAGGGUUUCGAAAAGAAGGAAAUAUCGAGAAGUCUAAAAGGGAAAAGGCCGAUGGAAUGAUGCUAAGUACUUUGGUGAUUGAGGAUGGGGAUUUUGAAGAGGAGCCCGGAUGGUCUUUGGUGGGUAGAACGGUAAUUACGGGGCUCUCGACUACGAAAGGGAGAAAAUUGGAGAAUAAUGAGAUUGUGCAUUUUAAUUUUCCGGGUGUCGAAGCAAAGAGUUUUAAGAGUAGUACUUAUUUUGCUAGUGCCAGAGCUGUUAAUGCUGCUUCCAGUAUUGUCCGUUUCUCGACGAAAAGAUUUGGAGAGAUUGGCCGAUUGCCAAUGGAAUGGGCGAAAUGUCUUAUUCCGCUUGUGAAUUCGUCGAAGGUGAAAGUUCUUGGUCGUUGUGUGGCUGCUCCGAUUAACCUUCAGUUGAUGCAAGAGGUUAUGUUGUAUGUGAGUUUUUAUAUUCAUAGCUCCGUUUUCACGAAAGACAAUAAAUCAUCAUGGAAGCUUGAGGCAACGAAUAUCGAUAGCACCGCAAAUCCUCUCAUGACGCUGUUUAAAUUGCUCAAAGUGAAGCCGUUUCAACAGGCGGAGUUCACGCCAGAAGAACUCGAUUCUCGAAAGCGCUCACUGAAAUUAGAUGACGAUGCGGAGGAGAUUGCAUGUGUGUUGGCUUCGGCGAAGAGAAGAAAGGGCUGCCAAAUUCAAGAACAGAACAAAGACGAGCAAGCUAUUUCGGAAUCAUCGUUGAAUAAGCUUGUCGGUGCUGUAGAUGUCUACAAUUUAGAGGAAAUGGAGCCACCCGAGACACUUACGUGUGAAUUAAGGCCAUACCAGAAACAGGCUCUUUACUGGAUGACCGAAUUGGAGAGAGGUGCAAACGGAGAAGAAACCGAGAAGACCCUUCAUCCAUGCUGGGCAGCUUAUCGUGUGUGCGACGAGAAUGCACCGGCAAUGUACGUGAAUGUUUUUUCUGGUGAAGCAACGACGCAGUUCCCGACUGCAACACAGAUGGCAAGAGGAGGGAUUUUGGCAGAUGCAAUGGGACUUGGAAAAACGGUGAUGACUAUUGCUUUGAUACUGGCAAAUAGAGGCCGAGGUGGACAGGACGUUGAUGAACAAGUUAUCAUCAAUGGCAGUGACAAUAUCGAGAACAGACGGUUGACUAAUGAAAGUAAACCGAAAGGUGGGACCCUCAUUAUUUGUCCGAUGGCUUUGCUUAGCCAAUGGAAGGAUGAACUCGAAACACAUUCGAAGAAAGAUAGUAUUUCGGUCUUUGUUCAUUACGGUGGGGACAGAACAAAUGAUCCUAGUAUGAUAGCAGAACCUGAUGUUGUCUUAACAACAUACGGUGUGCUCACUUCAGCGUAUAAAACCGAUUCUACGAACAGCAUUUUCAACAGAGUGGAAUGGCAUCGAGUGGUGCUCGACGAAGCUCACACGAUUAAAUCAUCAAAGACACAAGGCGCUCAAGCUGCAUUCGCAUUGUCUUCGUAUUGUAGAUGGUGUCUCACUGGCACUCCUCUUCAGAAUAAUUUGGAAGAUCUCUAUAGCCUUUUGUGCUUCUUGCAUGUUGAACCAUGGUGCAACUGGGCAUGGUGGAACAAGCUUAUACAGAGACCUUACGAAAACGGCGACCAGAGAGGUCUGAAAUUGGUUAAGGCAAUUCUUCGACCUCUAAUGCUGAGGAGAACAAAAGAGUCCAAGGACAAAGAAGGAAGGGCAAUACUUGUUCUCCCACCGACCGAUAUCCAAGUCAUCGAGUGUGAACAGUCGGAAGCCGAGCACGACUUUUAUGAUGCCCUUUUCAAGAGAUCUAAAGUACAAUUCGACCAAUUCGUUGCUCAAGGCAAAGUUCUUCAUAACUACGCAAAUAUUCUCGAACUGCUACUCCGACUUAGGCAAUGCUGCAACCAUCCUUUCCUUGUUAUGAGUCGAGGAGAUACAGAAAGGUAUUCUGAUUUGAGCAAACUCACAAAGAGAUUCCUCGAAUCAGAAACAACCAGCCAAACAGGCCCUUCGCGAGCCUACGUCGAAGAAGUAGUCGAAAAUAUUCGCAACAACGAAAACACAGAGUGCCCCAUUUGUCUCGAGUCGGCAGAUGAUCCUGUCCUGACGCCAUGCGCGCAUAGGAUGUGCAGGGAGUGCCUCCUGUCCAGCUGGCAUACGCCAGCUGGCGGGCUAUGUCCUAUCUGCAGACAAGUGCUCAGAAAAACCGAACUCAUCACUUGUCCAACCGAAAGCAGGUUCAGAAUCGACGUUAAAAAGAACUGGAAAGAAUCUUCAAAGGUAACGAAACUUAUGGAGUGCUUGGAGAAAAUACGCGAAUCGGGCGGUGGCGAAAAGAGCAUCGUGUUUAGCCAGUGGACUUCGUUUUUGGAUCUUCUUGAAAUUUCACUAAAGAUGAAGAAAUUUGGAUUCUUGAGAUUCGACGGGAAAUUGUCGCAGAAAAAUCGCGAGAAAGUCUUGCAUGAGUUUGCCGAGACAACUGAGAAAACGGUACUAUUGAUGUCACUUAAAACAGGUGGUGUGGGGUUGAAUUUGACUGCAGCUUCUAAUGUUUUUCUAAUGGAUCCAUGGUGGAACCCUGCGGUGGAGGAGCAAGCAAUUAUGAGAAUUCAUCGGAUCGGACAAAAACGAACGGUUCGUGUUAGAAGAUUCAUUGUCAAGGACACGGUAGAAGAGCGCAUGCAACAAGUCCAAGCACGAAAGCAACGAAUGAUUGCCGGAGCCUUAACCGACGAGGAAGUUCGAUCGGCCAGGCUCGAAGAACUUAAAAUGCUUUUCCGAUAAUUUCAAUUGCAUAAAUUAUCCUAUUUUUGGUUAUAUUAAUUUAGUAAGGGCAGUUUUGUACACAAUGUGAAUUCGUUGUAUCUAUAGCCCUUGGUGCCUGCAACUUUUGUACAGCUCCAAACUUUUGUUUAGAAGUGUUUGGCUAAACUUAUAAGAUGUUAAAAGGAGCUUAUAAGAUGUUUUAAAGCUUAUAAGC